GCUACACCUCAUGUCCUGGACGACAAAGGAAAUGAGCUCUCCAUCAUAGAAGCAUUGCUAAAGCAACGGCAGUUCAAUCGCAAGAAGGAAUACUUUGUCAAGUGGCAUGGUUUGCCAGAGCACGAAGCAACGUUGGAGUUGGAGCGAACAAUUAAGCACGUUGCGCAUUUCAAGAAGCUUGUCCAAGACCUACGCAAGAAGACGCGAGAGACCAAGGCGACAUCAGGGGGGGGAUGUAGUGAUCAUACGGAUCUAACUAAUGAUGUCGCGACGUCGAGUGUGCGUGGUCUGUAG